UUGUUCUUUUUCCUUCAUCUUUCUCGUUGUCGCUUAAUUUGUCAAAUUAAACCAUCCAAUUAGGGUUUUUUUCCCCUUCCUUUUCUUUUCUUGUUCAAUCUGCUUUUCUGUAUAUAACGAUACUUUGGACACAAUUUAGUCUUAGCUCUUAGUUGCCUUAAACAUGGAUGACGGCAUAUCCUAUUUCUCAAUACUAAUUGCUAGCAUAAUCAGUUAGAACAAAAUUAUUCGGUCCUUUUGAUUUUUGAAUUUUUAAAAUUUUGAAUGAUCGCCUUGGUUGGCGUCUUGGACAUCUGAUAUGAUUUCAUAAGUGUAUUUUUAGUGUUUUCUCUAUCGUGCUUAUGUCUUUAGUCUUCUUUUUCAUCAGAUUCACGCUUUGAUGCAGAAGGAAGAUGUGUGUUCUUCAUUUGCAAAUGGCCUUCAUAUUUUCAACUUAUCUAAUACACCCUGUCUCCUUCUGAAAAACUGUUUUAGGGUCCCGGUCGAUCCACUUGAAUGGCAAAUAACUCAGGACACUGCUAAUAACAUUGUUGCGUGGUUCGUUAAUACCAUAGGUGCAGCCGAGUCUGUAUUAAGAGUUGCAGCAACAGGGCAUGACAAGAGACUGUUUCUAAAGGUGUUUUUUUGCCUUUAUGUAUUGUCUGCUUUAGGAAGAUUGGCUCUGGGUGCAACAGUUGCCAAUGCUGGAUUAUACUUGUUUUGUCUUUAUAUGUUUAUGGAGUGCUCUCAUUCACUUAGCCCGUGUGUGGACUGGUUCUUGGGAAAAAGAAAUGACAACGGGGAAGAGCAAGACACAAUGUAGCAUAUUAGGUUUGCACUUGACUUGUAGUGCAAGAUUUUGUGUGUACAUUGAAAGUUAGCUAAUCACCGAUCAAAUAACCUAUUGUGAAUGAUUUUUUUUUUUUGUAAAUUAUGAGGAUCAGAGGGGAUGAUUAUGCUGCUAAGUAAACUGUUCAAAAAGCCCGAGCGGCCCGCUUGACAUCAACUGCAAUUCUUUUGACAUGGGAAUAGAAACAGAUGAGUUAAUUGUAAACAUUUGUUAUUCUAGUUAAUACUAUGAUUGGUUCUCUUCUCA